ACCUAAAAAGUAUUAAACAUGUAAUCAUAACAAAUAUUUUGUUUACUUAUUUAUUGAUUAAUUAAUUAGUCAAUUAAUUAAUUAAAACUAACAAAUGGACGCCUGUAAAACAUUUUAUUGUGCUGCUGGAUUUCGUGAGGAUGUCAACGAAGUAAUAUCACGUUUCAAAUCACUAGAGUCACAUAAAUAUUGUGAUUUUGCACAAGUAUGGAAAAGUAUGAAAUUCCAUCGAAUCUUUACAGGACGAUCAACGCGUUCAGAACUGAUGGAAUUUUGUGAAGAGGCUCUGGAUAUGUCCAAAGAGUAUUUGAUAACGAAUGAAAGAGAUCCAGUUGAAAAAAUCGGCGGUUUAUUUAUGAUGUACAGUAUUUAUUUUUCAAUGCCAUUAAAAGGACCUAAGAUACGAAUCAUUAUGUCAGAAUGGGAAAUUUUAAUAACAUUUAAAAAAAUGCUCGUUGAAAAUGAAAGAUGGGAUUGUAUUAUGGUAUUGAACAAAUUAGUUGACGCUAAUGCAUUUUCGCAUUGUUUAUGUGAUAAUGAGCGUGGAUUGGAAAAUUACUACGUAUUGAAAGAUUUUAUGAAAGGAAAUUCCCGACCAGUAGAAUCACAGAAGAAAAAAAAAGAAUUAAUAUCAAUAUUCGAGGACGUUAUGAAUGAAGCAAAUAAUUAUUCAAAUUUAAAAAGUAAACUGAAGUACAAAUUGGGUGCCAACGCAAUACGGGCGCCAUUAUUAUUUGAUGUUGACGCUCUAAAAAAGAUCGCUGACAACGUUAAAAAUCUAGAUCAACUCGUUAAAAGUAACACUCAGGACAAGCACAAUUUACGCCGCAGCCAUCGCACAACUUGUCCGCCUGAUUAUACUAAUGGACAAAAUGAUAAUAAUGUAGGGCAAGACUCGGAUCAAGAUUAUCAUCAAGAUUCAGAUUCGAAUGAUGACGAUCCUGAUUAUCAAGCCAACAGUCCCGAAUCGAUUGACAAUGAGGACAUGAAUUAUAAUGAAGAUGAGAUGGAGCAGGACCAGGACCAAGAGCUGGAGCAUGAGCACGAGGAAGAGGAAGAGGACGAGGAUGAGUCUGAUAUUAAUAUAAAACAGAACCAAAAACCUACUGAUAAUGAUUUUGAUUACGCGUUAAAUAAAAAUAAUUAUGAUAAUGACGAUCAAGUGCCAUCGACUUCUAGAAACGAUAAUAUGAGUAACGACUUUGAUUAUUUGCCUCAUAUUAAAAUGGAAAAAUUCACAUAUGUCUCAGAUUCAUCUGAUGAAUCUAUUAAUUUUGAUGACUAUCGAUUGUAAUUAUUCGAUUUUUUUUUUAUUACUGUAAAUAUAUUUUUUAUAUUUUUUAAA